AUGUUUGGGCGGCGACAAUACAUCCACAGUGCACUUGGUGCCUACCACGACGUCACGGGGCUGACAGUGGCCUACCGCCUCCGAGGCGCCCUGUGCGUGACGUCACGGCUCUGCUCUGGCCUGCAGGAGCACGUGCGCGCGUCACGGGAGGCACGCCUCGACGCGGCUGGCAAGUCGACGCCCGGCGGCUCGGUGGCGGCGCUGCGCAAGUCGCCGCGCGCGCGCUCCGCCCCCGACGACUGCUACGUGCCGGCGGCGGGCGGGCUGCUGCCCAUGCUGCUGCGCGACACGCCCCCGGACACGCAGCUGCCGCCCCCGCCGCCCCUCAACGGCGACGCCGUCUUCUUGCGCGACGGCCGCCACCGCGACGGCUCCAGCUCCUCGCCCCGCCUCUUCGACGACGACGACGAUGAAGAAGACGACGACGGAAUGGAGCAGGACGAGGUGGACCUGUGCGACUUCCUGGCGCCGCAGCCCGAGACCCGCGACAACGAGUGCCAGACGCGUGAGAGCCUCUUCCUCACGGCGAGCGUGACCACGGCCACCAGCACCACCUCGCCCAGCUCCGACCAGACGUCGACGCCGCCCCCGCCGCCC